AUGGCGGAUAUUAAGAAGUGGAGAAAACAAACAGACCCCAUUGGAAGAGGAAGUCAAGGCGAGGUUUAUUUGGCUGUAGCGGUUGACGACACAAAUUCGAAUUCGUCGAUGAUCGCCGUUAAGUCGAGAGACAUGUCGUAUGCAUUUGACCUCCAACGAGAAGCGCGGAUCUUGAGACAACUCAGAGGCUGCCCCCAUAUUAUUCAGUGUUUUGGGGACGACGUUACUGACCAAUAUUAUAAUCUGCUGCUUGAAUACGCUCCCGCGGGUAAUCUGCACCGUUUGAUCUAUCCUGGCCGCUGCUGGGACUACAAAAUGGCGGAAUCUGAUGCGGCUUUCUAUACUUACCAAAUUCUCAAGGGGCUUUUGCAGCUUCAUGACAAGGGUUUGGUUCAUUGCGAUUUGAAACCAGAAAACAUUCUGGUUUUUCCUGGCACCAGAGAGGGUAAAUUUGUGCUAAAACUUGCUGAUUUCGGAGUGUCAACACGUGCCGGUAAGAACGAUUAUGAUGAAGAUGAAGAUGAAGGUUAUGAUAAUGGUGAACCGUUUCUUCCCUACCAUUGUCGUGGGAGUUUAGUUUUUGCAUCUCCCGACUAUUUGAGCAGCGGGAUACACCGAACCUUGGACGACAUAUGGUCCUUAGGGUGUAUAGUUGUGGAGAUGUUGACGGGAAAUCCUCCUUGGUUGUGCAAAAGCAUAAACGAUUUAAUAUCUCAGAUAGAGUAUGAGAAACCAGCAAUACCUGAAGAUAUUACUAAGACAGCUAAAGAUUUCUUGAAUAAGUGUUUCUAUAAAAAAGAGAAUGGGGAUGAUGAGAGAUGGACGGCUAGGAGGCUUCUUGCGCACCCUUUCAUUCGGGAUAACAAGCUGGAUGGUUAUGAAGAUGGGAUAAUGUUGUCUUGCCCUAAUAACCCUCUAAGUUAUGAUGAUAACCAAUGGGUUUCCACAAAAGAUUUGUUCCCAUCUCCUUAG